AUGCUAUGGCAGUCCAGCUCCUCAGGCCUCAGCACCCCGUCUAGCAGUAUCUUCAACCGGCAAAUGUGGGAAAUUCCCAAGAAGACGAAUCAAUACCUUCUUGAAGAAGACGUGGACGACAGCGACUUGGAAGAUGGGGAUUCUACCAUGGACGGCGAAUUCCCGAUUCCAUCCAGUUGCAGUCGCCAGGUACUGGACCGGUCGCACCUGCGACCGCUCAGUCCUGUUCCUCCACGCACGUUGUUGUGCCUCGAAUACAAGGAACUUUGGAUAGAAGUUGACCAGUCAGAUCGGAAUAUUGUCGUCACAGGGGAGUCUGGCUUAGGCGAACUUCUCCAGCCUGGAUGA